UUUUUUUUUUCUCUAAUUGUUAUUACUACGAUCGAUAGAAAAGAUGCUAGAAGAUGGUGAAAAGACAUUAAGAAAAAAAAAGAGAGAAGAAGAAGAGGAACUAUCUUACCCACGCGCGCAUAUCUUUUAUCUGCGAAAGGCCAUUAUCAAUUUAGACAAGUGGGAAGUGCAGUGGCCGUAUCCGGCAGCACAAACAACAAACGAUUUUCCUUCGUUAGACAUACAUAUUAAAUAUAUGUAUGUAUGUAUGUAUGUAUGUAUAUAUAUAUGUAGGCGAUUUAUCAGCACGAAGCUUAAAAAAUCGCACCAAGUAAAAGAAUGUUCAUUGUCAGAAGCAUGCGAACUGGAUCAGAUGCGAUACGGAUGUCGAAUUUAUAAUGCCCAAUGUAGCUGCGGUUAUGGUUGUAAGGCCGAGUAUAGAUACGACACUAACGAAGAUUGUAAAUUAGCAUUGAGAGGUAGACUCAAUGAUAUAUGCUAUAGAUCUAAUCCCUGUUUGUACGGUGGCUCUUGUUCGCAAAUUUCACCCAAUCCAGGAUUCAAAUGUCGAUGCGAGGGUACAGGAUAUUAUGGUACACGCUGUGAAAAACCUUGUCCAGCACCCAACAAUCUACGUUAUCGUGGACCAUUUCCUUACGAGUGUGUUGUUAUCUGAUAUCGAAAAUAUUCCUUUCCGUACCCACACACCCCCACCGUUCUCUUCCGUUGAAACUUACGAAUCUGAAAUAUUUUUACGUUAAGUACAAAAAGCUAGCACAUAUAUACAUAUUUUCGGAUACACAUCUUUGUACAUACAUAAUAAACAUGCGAUAACAAUAUUAUAUUCGUUUGAUUAUAUUUCUUUACAUUUGUUUUUUUUUUCUUUUCUUUUUUUUUCUCUUUUUUUUUCUUUUUUUUAGAGAGAGAGAAUACAAUUCAAUCGAUUAUCAAUGACAAAUAAACUAACUUCCCUCGCUCGAAUUUCUUUUCCUCGAAUGUCUGAUCCUUCAGCAAAUUGAUAAGUGUUUACUGAGAGAUAUCUAUAGUAAGAGAAGAAUAGACUUGAUACUUUUAUCAUUUAUUCAUCAAUAAUUUUACAAUAUGUAUGCACACACGAUGUGUUCAAUCUAUGAAUUUCACAGAACAAGCGUUUACGUCAUUUCUUGCUUGUUCCUAAUCUCAUUUUCUUUUUUCUUUCUUUUUUCUUUUUUUUACUCUUUUACGUUAUUACGUUUUAUUUUCAUCACCUAUUGCUAUUAUAUUGCCACGUAUACCUCGUUUACUGUUUUCGAAUGACGAAAAAAAAAUAUAUAAAAAAAAAAAUGAAAACAAAAAAGAAAAGACAAAUG